UAAAAUAAUGUAUUUCAUGUUCCUGCAUUGGCUGAUUGAAUCUAUUUAUAUUUAAAACCUGAAAAAAACUGGACCAGCAGAAUUUAGAAUGUUCACACAUGAUGGCAUUAUGAUGUCAUAAUGACCUGAAAUCUGUAAACUGCUGCAUAGAACAUAUCUUUUGUGGAUAUUUAACCCAAACACUAACUUUGCAGCUCAGAAGAAACUCUUGGUAGACAUUUCACAGUACAUUCACAGCAUUCUGCAGCAUUCAGUGUUUUAUAAUGGCACUGUUUCGUGGUUUGUUUGAGUGGGUUCAAUGUUUUGUUCACCGCAUACCCAGAAGAAGAAAAAAACAGGGGGUGCAGAAGUGCACAGAAGCAGAAUGUACCCCAAUGGAAGGGAUGAGUAGACCCCCUGAUGUUGGCAAUACAGACCAGAAGUACCAGUCAAGAUAUUGCAAAGCAUCGAAGAACCUAAAUGACAAGGACAAAAGAGAGGUGGGGAGGAAAAGAAAGUUAAAGAAGGAAAGAAAGAUGGUGGACGAGAGAGAAUCGGGCAGAAUGGAAGAGGAGACCAAAGACCCAACUCCAUUACGAAUUGAAGUCAAACCCCAACCAACUCCACCAGCCGCUGAGGACAAAACCCCGGCUAGUUCUUCCUUCUUAAAGUCAGUGAAAGGGCCACUUGUGGCUAAAAGAACCUGUCGACACCUGCUUCCACUGGCCACCAAGACCAGACCUCCUUCAUCAGGGGAAGAACCAACGCUGAUUCAGAAGGUAUCACAACAACACCCUGCUUUACCAGCCAUUGAGGUUAACCCCCUUCCUGGUUCUUCCUUCAUACAAUCAUCAGUGGAAGAACCUCCUUUACCAGUGGCAAAUUCUGCUCCUAAAGCUACUGAGACCAAACCUCAGCGUGGUUCUUUUGUGGUGGACCCUGAGGUGGUUCAAAAGGCAUCUCGACAACUGGCUCAACCAGCCACAGAAUCACUGGCUGUUCCAACUCCAAAACCAGUCAUGUCCAUGUCUCCAGAGGAGGAACCACAGAUGGUCCAAGGUGCCUCUCAACAUUUGACUGAACCACUGGUCCUUCAGCAUACAACUGCUGGGGUGAAGCAGAAACCAAUGUUUGUGAAGGUCCAUCCUAUAGUUCUGGAUCAGUCAGAUGACUUCAGGAAAAAGAAAUGUGGAGACUCUAAAGCUGAUGCUUCACGAAAGUCUAAGGAACUGGAUGAACUAAUGAUGAGGCUGUUCUGUGUAGACUUCAGCAAUGCUCCCAAGAAGGAGAGCCAGCAACAUUUAAAACUGGAAAACCAGCCAGCGCUGGAAGCUGGGGUGAAGCAGAAAGCCGUGUUUGAGAAGGUUCAUCCUAUAGUUCUGGAUCAGUCAGGUGACUCUGGGAAAAAGAAAUGUGCAGACUCCAAAGAUGAUGAUCUACAGAAGGCUAAGGAACUGGAUGAACAAAUGAUGAAGCUGUUAUACGUAGACUACAGCCCUUGUCCUAAGAAAUAGAAGCAACAACCUUCAAGAGAAGGUCAAGAGAAGCCCAAGAAGAGAGGAAAAACAAGAACUGGUCUUUUCAGCUGGGCACAGAAAAGAUUAAAAACGAUAGUUGAAGAAGAUGAAGAGUCAGAAAAGGAUGAAAAAACUUGAAGAGCUUCUUGAAGAAUUCCCAAGGGAUCAAAAGUCACAGUUUAACUCACAACUCUUUAUCUAAUGUCUAAAAAAAGUGUAAAAUAUACAGUGUAUGACAAUUAUCAUAAAAUGGAUGUAAGGAAUUAAA